AUGGCGGAGCUGCGAAGGGAGUGGAGUCUCCACCAUUCCGCGGGAUAUGAGGACGGGAGCGAAGCCCCAACGACUGGGCAGUGGAUAAGCGGCGGGAUUGUGGCCUUGGUGCAGAAGCCAUGCUCCUACUCGCCCAACCCCGCCAAAACCAUCAAGGCGCCGGCGGUUGGGCGAGGAAGUGCCAGCUGGGAUGGAGCCUGA